AUGGCGAUUUUUCGAGACGUUCAUCACCUCCGUCAGGUCUGCAAAAAUUUGACCAAUAACAAUACGGACAAGCGCCUGCAAGAUUUUUUUUUCCAACGAACGUAUCGGAUGUGGUUCAACGAUUCUACUCAAUAUGUGUAUUACUUGUUAAGUGCUGUGACAAUCGGCGUCAGUAUCGUAGUUGGCUUCCACGAAUUGGACGGCAAUCCGGACGUAACUGGGAGGGCUCGCCACUUAAGAAUGCAACUUCCGGACAGACUGAUGCUACACGCCCAUGCCAUUCCAUAUUACAACCACUCUUUGAGGAAUUUCGCCAUGAAGUUCACUGCAUCUUUGGUGGAUAAUGAGCACGAUUACAGCAAGGAGACGACACACGCAUACCGACCUAAUCGAUCUAAGCAUUACGGGAGGUACCCUUUUGUUGUCAGUGCUCCCAGGUACUUCGUUGAUUGUCCGGAACAUGAGGAUACCUUACACCAAAAUGUUGAACAUAGGUACAAGGUUGGUUUAUAUUGUAACAAAAUGCACUGGUCACAGUCUAUUGGAUACUACGAUUUUACCACGUAA